AUGAUCUCUGUUCGCAAUUCGAGAACUCUCAGCAGCAACUCAAAGUUUACUAAAGUCGAACUUUGGUACGAAAUUCACAAUGGAAUUCCCGAAGGGGCAGGAGGGCGCGAGGACAAAACACCCGAUCCCGCGCUUCUUCCAAUCCGAUUGGUUGGAGGACCCGCCCCGUCCUCCGGACCCGCCCCUCUUUAUCUUGCGUCGCUGUCAAUCGCGCUGCGACCACGUUCCGGCGCAUGCGCACUCUGGACGACGGGCCGGUGUGACGGUCAGCUCUCGGACCUGCCCGCGAACCUUCCAAACCAGCAACAUCUGCAACCUAAAAACGCCAUGGAUGCAGACGCAUGCGAACACCGCCAACUGCAAGUGGUCUUCCAAAUCAAAAGCAGCCUGAACCAGUGGCACCCACAUCCCAUGCAUGAAUCAAACAUGGAAGUGCAAGCCGAUUAAUUGAAUAUUUUUAAGGUAGCGGUAGAUGGACUUUUGAUAAGCAAAGCAGUGAAAUGUUACGGAGAGUAGCUGGGAAUGUGAAGUUGAGGUUACAGUCAGAUCAGCUGCAAUCUUACCGAAUGAUGGAUCAGACAAUGCAGGGUCAUGCCCAUUGUGGCACCGAAUUCAUAUAUUCCCACAGGGUCAUAGAGAUGGACAGCAGAGAAUCAGCCCCUUUGAUCCAACUUGUCCAUGCCGACUAGACAUCCUAAAUGAACCUAGUCCCAUUGCUAGUAUUUGGCUCAUAUCUAAGCCCUUCAUAUUCGUAUGACCCUCUGGAUGCCUUUUAAAUGUUGUAAUUGCACAUGGUUUAAUGUCCAUAGGAAGGCCACUGACAAAAAGCCUCUUCUUCAUUGUUGUUAAUUUCUUCACUUUUUGUGCCCAUGACUGGGGAGCUGAUUGAAUCCAUUGGAUCAGGCUGUGGAAGGGUGGGCGGUGGGCAGAAGGCAUGUUUUACCUGCGAAUGGAGAAACUCUAGAGACAAUGUUAGCUGCUGAAAGUAUCUUUGCAUUUCCUCUCUCAUUCCUUCCUUGCUAAGGUGGUUUUAACUACGCUAAAUUGUGUCUGCCUAUUUCAUCAUUCUUUGAAUUCUUGAAAUCUGUUACUCUGUUCACUAGUUAUGACAUCAUCAAGUUUUAUACAAUCCAUAAACUUGUAAAUUGUCCUGCCUAAACAAGUCAGUCAUUUAUAAACAACAAUCAAUGGUCCUAAAAUCAAAUUCUCUAGGGUUAUUCAAAACUAAUUUUCCUUUAACAAAUUGAUACUUGGCUAAUGUGAAAGCUGUCAGGAUAAGUAU